UACUCAAUCGACAGCGUACUGUUGCCUCGGGUUGAACGCAGAUAUGUGUUGUAGCGACCGCUCGUGGGGAUGUAAAUACUAGGGACCUGGGCACCACCUUGUCCGUACCUACUUCGAUCGCCGUGAAGCACCAGUCCGCUAUGUUGAGUGGCUUUGCAGCGAACGUUGAACGUCCGUCUCCGCCUCCAACUAAUAAUCAAUCGAGCAUGGAUAUGCAAGUACCACCGUUUCUACGUCACGCCGUCUUCACAUCGCAAGCGGACCUUUUCCAUUGGAUUGAACGAAGCCGCUCAUGCAAUCUUAAGAAAGUCCGUACGCUGGAGCUCCACCUGACAGACAUCGACUUGUCCUCCUUCCUCGAACCCAAUUCAGGGGGAGAGCGGAGGUCUCCUGGCGACCUUUGGACAUUGUAUGAGGACGACCUGAGGAAGCUCGAUCACGCCUUACACUUACUCCCUGAGCUGAGCCGUCUGAAGGUGGUACCUCCGGAAGCAGUAUAUUCCCACUUCGUUCGGAGCCUGUACACUUCAUUUCUGGAGAUGCUUUCCCAUCGAUUUUCAGCACUCGAGCUGCGCAUUGUAGAAGAGAUAAACGAAGCGCAAGAUGUCAACCGCACCUCAAGCGAGGUCGAUCCUCCGGCGCCUGCGAUCGGGCGGAGCGCAUCAAAGACAACCUCGACCACAUUGAGGGAGUUGCGCAAGCGGAGGACGGCGCACAAGUGCCCGGAAGAACGGAGGAUCCAGAUGGUUUGCGACAGCAAAGAAAGGAGUAUCAGGCGGCCGAGGAUGCGAGUCAGAGGCCGAUGA